UCUCAAAAACGCCAAUUCGACUCCGUUCCCUUCCAAAGCCACGCGUUCAAAUCACGCAAGAACUUUCAGCUCGCACUUACUCCAUCUUGAUGCGCAGAGGUGCGUAGCGUACACUUUACAGAAGUUCUUGCCACCACCGAAAGCUCUUUUUACGGUCUUGCCCUUCUCCUUUUCGCGUCUCCAUCUAUUUCUUUCCUGGCCACUAGCUUCCAGCUUCCCGAACACUCUGAAACAUGCGAAACAGAGAGUCAUCUUCACCUAUGGCGGUGCUUCGUUACGUUGCCGUUUUCGUCUUUCUUGGCCUUUUCCAUGCUGUACACGUCGCCAACUCGCAAUCAUUCAUCGGCGUGAACUAUGGGCAAGUUGCCGACAACCUCCCGCCACCUGCAGCCACCGCUAAGCUUCUCCAAUCCACCUCAAUACAAAAGGUCAGACUGUACGGAUCCGACCCAGCCAUAAUCAAAGCCCUGGCGAACACAGGGAUCGGAAUCGUCAUCGGCGCCUCCAACGGCGACAUCUCGGCGCUAGCCUCCGACCCGAACUUCGCCAAGAACUGGAUCAACUCCAACGUGAUCCCCUUCUACCCUGCGAGCAAGAUCAUCCUCAUCACUGUCGGCAACGAGGUCAUGACCUUCGGCGACCGGGGUCUCAUGGAACAGCUCCUGCCGGCGAUGCAGAACCUACAGAACGCCCUCAACGGCGCGUCCUUGGGCGGGAAGAUCAAGGUCUCGACGGUCCACUCCAUGGCGGUGCUCAAGCAGUCGGAGCCUCCGUCUUCCGGAAGCUUCGACCCAAGUUUAGGCGACCUGAUGAAGGGGCUCUUGGCGUUCAACAAUGCCACCGGGUCGCCUUUCACGAUCAAUCCGUACCCGUACUUCGCAUACAGGGGCGACACGAGGCCGGAGACUUUGGCCUUUUGUCUUUUCCAGCCAAACUCGGGGCGGUUCGACUCAAACACAAAGAUCAAAUACACAAACAUGUUUGACGCCCAGGUCGAUGCGGUUCGAUCCGCGUUGAAUUCCAUGGGCUUCAAGGGCGUCGAGAUUGUAGUGGCGGAGACUGGUUGGCCGUACAAAGGAGACACUAACGAGGCGGGGGCGAGCGUUGAGAAUGCUAAGGCUUAUAACGGUAACUUGAUUGCGCAUCUGAGGUCGAAGGUUGGGACCCCAUUGAUGCCGGGAACGUCGGUGGACACGUAUCUGUUUGCCCUGUACGAUGAGGACUUGAAACCUGGACUUGCUUCUGAGCGAGCCUUCGGGCUCUUCAAGCCUGAUCUAACCAUGACCUAUGAUGUUGGGCUCUCCAAGAAUAGCCAGACUCCAUCUACGCCAAAAUCAACUCCAGUUACUCCUUCACCAACUCCGGUUACUCCGUCACCUACUCCGGUUACUCCUUCUUCACCAAAGCCGAAAAAAGGAGGAGCAUGGUGCGUGCCAAAGGCGGGCGUAUCAGAUGCCCAAUUGCAGACGAACUUGGAUUAUGCUUGCGGACAGCCCGGAAUCGACUGUAGUCCAAUCCAACCAGGCGGGGCUUGCUUUGAACCUAACACGAUACCAUCUCAUGCUACUUAUGCCAUGAAUCUCCUCUACCAAACUGCUGGCCGGAAUCCAUGGAAUUGUGAUUUCUCACAAACGGCCACACUCUCAUCCAACAACCCCAGCUAUAACAACUGCGUUUAUCCGGGCGAGAGUACCUGAGAAAUGAGACUUUCUAUGUUAUCAAACGAAUAAAGGAUUCUCACUUAAAAUAAAGAGGGAAUUUGUAUGAGUAUUAAUGGUUGUGAAGGAAUGUUUAUAUAUUUAAACUAGGAAACGUUCUCUAAAUGUAAAUGUUUAAUAGUGCUCGUGUUUGGUAAUAGGCUUGUAUUUCCUUGAAUUCUUCUUUGUGAAUUAAAGAUUUUACUAUAAAUCCUUUAUAAAUUAGUGUGAAUGGAUCACAUUAUAUUUA